AUGGCGGCGAAAAAUGGAAUUCCGCCUCUUAACACUCUUAAGGAUUGUCUUGUGUUCCUGGAGUGGUUGAAUAGCGGUAAAGGUCCAAAAAAACUAGUGGUAACUUCAUUUGUUCAAAAAUUGAAACAUUAUUUUCCGGGAAUGCCCGGACUUAAAGGCCCACUGCAAACUGAAUUUUUCAGAUUCCUUGAAAAUGUCUCGCUGAUAUAUAAAAAAUUGUCAUCUCAGCAAGUUACGAGAUGGGGCACUUAUACAGGCAAACCAAAUGAUAUUCUUGACGCACUUUUAGAAUGCACCCCUAAGUUACUUGCUGCGCUUUCUUUCAUACAGUAUCACGUGGAUGGCGCGUUUAGCGGUGUUGGAGGUGGAGAUUGGGCUUCACUGUCUCCUAUGUCCGGAAAUUUUCAGACGUUUUUGACUAGUGGGAAUAACAUUAUCGAAGGUGGGUUUGAUGCCGGAGAGCUUAGUAGUGUACAGGGUGGCACACUAGUAGAGGAUUUAAAAAAAAUUUUGAAUAAAGACGCUGCUAAAGGAAAGACAGGGUAUGAUCACCAUCGAAAUGUGAUUAUGACUACUUUGGAAAAACAGUGGAAUACCUUCAACACUGGGAACACUGCCCUUCUGGUUUACGCAUUUUGCCAGUUGGUUACCAAGACGAGGGAACCUGAAGGCGGGGCGUUUAAAAAGGCGUUAGAGAAGGGCCAUGGAAACAAGAUAUGUUGGCAAGAUUUAAAAAACCAUUGUCAACAUCUACAUGGACACAUUGAAAUACUGACUGGCGCAGGGUUUUCUUUUACAGGUAUGUGGAUUGGACCUAAAAACGUAGUCCAUUUCGCUGAAAAAGCCGGAAGAUGGUUUAGAGAAAACUUGCAAAAAGCCGCCAGCGAAAUGAAAGGCAUGAUACCUCACUCAAUACAUUCGCAGAUGACUGUACUUCAAUCAUUUGCCGAGGAUAAACUCUAUCCCCAUGGGUUCAUUUUUGACGGGAGUAACAACAGCGUGCGGUCCAAGCCACGUAAUUUAGAUGAUUGGAAUCCUAUAUUUCAAAAGUUCAAUCAGCUGGAUGCAAUGCUGACGAGGCUUAAAGAUAUAUUGGAUGGUUAUGAAUGCGGCUCUGCGACCGUCGUCACCAAAGCCGAGGCGGCGAAGCCGACUGCCACUAAAACCGAAGCGACUAAAACGGAGGCUACAAAGCAUGCGGCCACUCAUGUAAAGGCGGUGCAGCCACCUGCCACUACAACAAUAGCUACGCCACCUCCGGGUGGAAAUACCAAAGGAACUCCAAAUCAAGGCCAGACAGUGAGGGGAGCGCAGAACACGGGAAGCAGAAAUAAUGUAGCUCCAAGUCAAAAUAGUGGUCAAAGUGAACAAAAGCCUGCAAUAUCAUCAGCCGGCACAUCUUCAUUUAAGCCUCCCGGUGGUAUAGGAGCGCCAGUAUCGACAGGGGCUAAAGGUGAGAAAGGCCCCCUAGGGCAUCCUAGUACCGUGUCUACAACAUCUUUUCCGCGUCAAAAUAAUGUUCAACGACAAUCUCCAUCUCAACCGCAACCAGCACAACCCCCUCAAGCCCCUCCCACCGGUCCUCCUGCAGCCCAUGGCUCCACUAGUCAGCCGGGUAGCGGGGGUGGGAGUACAAAUGGAGGUGGUGAUGCGGGUAAAAAGGCUGCCGCCUCUCCAGCUCCGAAACCUCAGACUCCCAGUGGUACAAGUUCACGCCCUCGGGCAUCUGUUGUCCCUGCUCCGGGUGGUGCCCCUAGUACCGGUGGUAGUCAGGGUCUUCCUGCCGCUGGUCAACCAGGCGUUAAGGGGCAGGGUUCACAGAGUGGUGUUCCUCAAAGUUUACAGCCUACUGGCGCUCACGUUCCUGCGUCUCCUCAGUCACCGAGUGUUAAAGGUUCAGGCGCUCUGUCAUCUGUUGAUUCUGCCUCCGGUGGUGGUCAGGGGUCUUCUGGUGCUGGUCAACAAUAUGGUAAGGGGCAGGGUUCACCGGGCGGUGGUAGUCAAGAUUCACAGUCUAAUGCCUAUCCACAGGCUGCUCUUUCUCAGCCUCCAAGUGCUCCACCUCUAGGCCCCUCGUUAUCUAGUGUCCCUGCUCCCGGUAAUGGUACGGGGUCUACUUCUGUGACUGGUCAACCAGGUGGUGAGGGGCACGGCGCACCGGGAGGUGGUCAUAAAGGUCAACAGCCUGAUUCCGCUUCAUCAUCUGGACAAUCUUCAACACCAGGUGGUACUACCCAAGGCCCUCGGGCAUCCAACGUCCCUGUUACUAGUAAUGGUCCGGGGCAGGUUGGGCAGACGACAUCUUCUGGUUCUGCUAAACCAGGUUAUCAAGGUACAUCGCAAAGUUCCACCACCGCUGCUACUACGACAUCCACUGGCAUGGCUCCUGAUUCAGGUGGCGGUGGAGGGGUUGGUGGGAGUAAUGGGAAGGUGGAUCCUGAGGAAGAACGGUUGAGAGAGCACCUGGAAGUAUAUGGAAGCAAAGUACAAAAAAGAAAUUAUGAUGCCAGAAAAAACAUGGAGAACAUAUGGAAAAAGGCUCAAGAAAAGUUCGAAAAAAUCAAUGAAACAAAAUUCCGAGCCAAAUUAGAUGAAAGGCGUAAUACACAAACCGCAGUAAAUAGACCUCAGCCGCCACCCAUCCCUCGUACUCAGCCCAUCCCUCAUGCUCCCGCGCCUUACCCCCUGCUGCCCGGUGUCCCACCUGGUCGUGGGCGUGAUUACUAUGAAUCACGGGGGAGGGACAUCGGACAGGGGAAUAGGGGUGUUCAAGAUGCUGAGAUUCCCAUAUCUCUCGGCGGAGAAGCUGUUGUAGACACGGAUUUGAAAAAACUGCAAGAUGAAUGGAAUAACAGAAUCGAAGCGGAUGAGAAACGUAAACCAUUAGACUGGCUCAAUCAGGCGUCUGCAGAUCUGAAACAAUUAAUGGCAUUCAGUCUUGAUGGGGCAGAAGUGUCCGACGUCACAAAUCAAGUAGGAAAGUAUGUAAAGAAUACUAUGGGUUCAGAUGUUACGGCCACCCUAAAUCGAAAUGUUGUCACUUCAGCAAUGUACGAUUUAGACGGCGACGUAGUCGCAGGUCUUGAUGAUCCCGACAUGGUGGCUGUCGACGGAGCAGAAAUAGCGGAACAGAAACAUGUAUACAGUGUAUACCCGGCAUAUAUGGACGGUUUAGAAGUAGAUGCGAUUGAUGGGGAUGCAGUGAUGUCUGACUCUGACGAUUCCCUUGUACCUGGUAUUGACGAUCCAACAGUUGCCGAAUUAAACGGCACAGAAAUUGCAGAAGUCGUGCAUGAAACUCAGGAUAAAGAAUGGAAGGCAGAACUUCAGGAAAGUUAUGAUGAACUGUUGCGCAACUCUGGAUUCACAGGAAUGUCCAUACCAAACUCGAAAGGCAUAUGGCGUCCGGUAGAUCCACAAGCUCGAACAUAUGAUAACCCUGUUAGCGGUGACCCUAUUAAAGCCCCUGACCGCCCUUCUACGUUGGAAAUUACAGGUAACCCUAUUUCGGCUCCUAAUCUAAAUGUUCGCCUGCAGCCUCUUCCCAUUGACAUAGAAGUCAGGGACUUCAAUUCACGCGACCAUGUAUUGAAAUCUGAAAUUAAUCACCGCCCGGCUCUGCCGGUUGUGGAAAAUAUGAGACUAGCCUCAACUUCCAUAACUCACCCCCGGAUGCCUAUGGCAUCGCCUGAUGUUAAUGGGAAUUACGAUGAUUCCUCCACCUGGGGAGAAUUUAAAGACUACGCAUUUGACAUUGCACCAAAUCCCAACAUGUGCAAUAAUCCUUGGAAUUACGUUAAUAAUUCCACCACUGCAGCAACGAUACCCCCUCCACCAGACUCCGACCAUCUACCGCCUCCCACCAACGUCAAGGCCAUGCUCUUCUGGCUGGUCGGUCUCAAUGCGUACGGACUUAUUGCCAAGAUGGAGAGACAUAUGGAAAAUAUACUCAAUGAAAUCAACGGCGAUACAUUCUACCCUAAGUAUGCCCUCCAGGUCAACGGGGAUCUAUACUCCUUGUCCGCAUCUCAUAUCGCCGACACCCUUACCGAGGCUUGUCUCUACUCCGCACACGUCCUGAACGGAAUAAUGCGUAUGCAAUCCGGCGAUGCUCUAUCUGACAUCGACUUCAAAUCAGAAUAUACUAAGUUUUGUUACUCCCCCGACGCCGCCUCUCUUCUCUGCCAGCUGCGGGACUACGUCUACGCCUGCCACUACCAGUUGCAGUUCCUGAAGGCGCAGUGUAAUCGAGAUAAAUAUCAUGGUGGGUGGAAGAGUUAUGACUACGGCAGUGAUUCCAAGGUACAAUCUCCCCUCCAGUCGUUCCUGACCGAUGGCUGGGACUCCACCUUCAAGACUCACCUCUUCGACCCAUACAACCUGUGCCACAAGAGCCGCGUCAGGAUGGGAUUCAAAAAAAGUGAUUUGCCUGAGAAAUCACAAAAUGGCGCCACCCUUUCUGCCAUCCUCACUCCCAGCUGCGGCGGCGAUGACCCCAUCCUGACAUUGUGCUCCUACCUCAACUGCAUCACCAGGCGGACGCCGAGGACGACAGGGGAGCUUGUCUCGUACUUCCACCAUAUCGGCAUCGAGUUGCACGAGUAUGCGUCAAAGUCAUUGUCUCCACUAGGAAACUCACUCCUCAAUCCACAUCCCGACUGCCCCGACUGGGACCAUCUUGGUCUCUACGACCUUGGAGCUGUCAAGGGCAUCCGGGGUUCCGAGUCUCUCAUAUCCAAACACAACUCCAGCCACGACAAUGACCAUCCCCGUACCCUUUCCACACUGGUUGGCUGCGGCGAUGACUCUUCCAACUGCCAUCCACGUAUGUCUCCCAUCACGUACCGGGCGUACGCCCUGUACUCCCAGAGCUUCGCCCACACCUACCUCAGCUGGACGGUGUACCUGCCGGACAGACUGUGGGAGUCACUUGAAAAACUGCACUACGAACUCAAGAAGCAUGUUAGUAUCAAGUGUUCAUCCCUCCACCUGUGUUCCACUGCCCUGCCCCUCCUCUACACUCACGGGUUCACGCCGCCGGAGGUGGGAUCGCAGCCGACACUCACAUGUCAACAGGUCAUCGCCAAGCUGAAGGAAAUUGUCAACGGUGGGCCUAUCGCAACACUCAUGACCGCCAUGGACAAUUUCCUCUUCACCAUCCGGGAGCCAUUCAUCUUCACCCUGGUGGCACUCUGGUCUCUCGCAUUCCUCAUCUGUGCCAAGACAAUGCUAUACCGCCUGGACGUGCUCCACAUCCGAUCACACCUUAUUCGCACCAAGGCUUCUCACCACAUCGACGUCAAGGCCCUGCUCACAAAAGGCCGGAAGAUGCUCUCACUUUACAAUGACGUCGACUACUUCGACGAGGACCCUAUUGGUUAUGUUGGUGUCUAA